UGGUAAAGGCAGUAGGGAGUUUCUGCUGGGGUCUGGAUUGGAGUUAUAGAAGACCCGACCCUCCUGUAUGAUUGGACUCUAACGGGGAAAAAAGAACUUCUCUUGCCUCAAAGAGUCUACAUGUCUAAUAUUUAGACAUGUUCAGCUUUGUGGAUAUUCGGUUGGCGCUGUUGCUCAGCGCAACAGUGCUUUUGGCAAGAGGACAAGGCGAGGACGAUCGCACGGGCGCCAGCUGUACGUUGGACGGCCAGGUCUACAAUGACCGGGACGUAUGGAAACCAGAGCCAUGCCAAAUCUGCGUGUGCGACAGCGGAACCGUUAUGUGCGACGAGGUCAUCUGCGAAGAAAUCCAAGACUGCCCCAAUCCAGUGAUCCCACACGAUGAGUGCUGCCCUAUCUGCCCCGACGACGGUGCCCAGGGAACCGUUGAGGGACCCCGUGGACCCAAGGGAGACAGAGGCCCCGCUGGUCCUGCCGGAAACGAUGGCAUUCCCGGACAGCCCGGCCUUCCCGGACCCCCUGGCCCUCCCGGACCUCCCGGCCUCGGCGGAAACUUUGCUCCUCAGAUGUCUGGCGGAUUUGAUGAUCCAUCCAAGUCCGGCGGCAUGCCCAUCCCUGGACCAAUGGGCCCAAUGGGACCUCGUGGACCUCCCGGACCUCCUGGUGCAGGCGGUCCUCAGGGUUUCACUGGCCCCCCUGGUGAGCCUGGUGAGGCUGGAGCUCCUGGCCCCCUGGGACCCCGUGGACCUGCUGGACCCCCUGGCAAGAACGGAGAGGAUGGUGAGUCCGGCAAGGCUGGUCGCAAUGGUGAGCGUGGACCCAGUGGCCCUCAGGGAGCUCGUGGAUUCCCCGGAACCCCCGGACUUCCCGGAAUCAAGGGACACAGAGGAUUCAGCGGUCUUGAUGGAGCCAAGGGAGACUCUGGCCCUGCUGGACCUAAGGGAGAGGGUGGUGCACCUGGAGAGAACGGAACCCCCGGAGCCAUGGGACCCCGUGGUCUGCCUGGUGAGAGAGGCCGUGCCGGACCCAACGGUGCUGCUGGUGCCCGUGGUAACGAUGGACCUGCUGGUGCUGCUGGACCCCCUGGCCCAACUGGACCUGCUGGCGCCCCUGGCUUCCCCGGUGGCCCUGGAGCUAAGGGAGAGGUUGGUGCCCAGGGUGCUCGUGGUGGUGAGGGACCUGCUGGAGCUCGCGGUGAGCCCGGAAACCCCGGACCUGCUGGCCCCGCUGGAGCUGCUGGAAACAACGGAGCUGAUGGUGCUGCUGGUCCCAAGGGUGCCCCCGGUGCCGCUGGUGUUGCUGGAGCCCCUGGCUUCCCUGGACCCCGUGGUCCACCCGGAGCUUCUGGUGCCCCCGGAGCACCUGGUGCCAAGGGAAACACUGGUGAGGCUGGUGCCCAGGGACACAAGGGAGAGGCUGGCGCCAAGGGAGAGUCUGGAGCCCCAGGAGUUCAGGGACCCCCUGGACCCGCUGGAGAGGAGGGCAAGAGGGGAGCCCGCGGAGAGCCCGGCGCAGUUGGAGGCCGUGGAGCACCUGGCGAGCGCGGUGCCCCUGGUAGCCGUGGUUUCCCUGGUGCUGAUGGUGCUGCUGGAGCCAAGGGAGCAACUGGCGAGCGUGGAGGCCCUGGUGCUGUUGGCCCCAAGGGAUCUUCUGGUGAGGCUGGCCGCAACGGCGAGCCCGGUAUGCCCGGAGCCAAGGGUAUGACUGGUAGCCCUGGCAGCCCUGGACCCGACGGCAAGUUGGGACCCAGUGGACAACCCGGACAAGAUGGCCGUCCCGGACCUCCCGGCCCCUCUGGAGCCAGAGGCCAGCCCGGAGUCAUGGGAUUCCCCGGACCCAAGGGAGCCGCUGGUGAGUCUGGCAAGCCUGGCUCAAGAGGCGAGGCUGGACCCCUUGGCCCAGCUGGUGCUGCUGGCAAAGAUGGUGAUGUUGGUGCUCCUGGUGCCCCCGGCGCCGCUGGUCCUGCUGGAGAGAGAGGCGAGGCUGGACCUGCUGGUCCUCCUGGAUUCCAGGGACUCCCAGGACCCCAGGGAGCCACUGGCGAGCCCGGCAAGAUUGGAGAGCAGGGUCUGCCCGGUGAGGCUGGUGCUGCUGGACCCGCUGGAUCCAGAGGCGACAGAGGAUUCCCCGGUGAGCGUGGUGCCCCAGGACCUCUUGGCCCUGCUGGAGCCCGUGGUUCCCCUGGCUCUGCUGGUAACGAUGGUGCUAAGGGAGAUGCUGGUGCCCCAGGAGCUCCUGGUGCCCAGGGACCCCCCGGACUGCAGGGAAUGCCCGGCGAGCGCGGCGCUGGUGGACUCCCAGGACUUAAGGGCGAGAGAGGCGAGGGUGGUGCCAAGGGAGCCGAUGGUGCCCCUGGUAAGGAUGGCGUGCGUGGUAUGACCGGACCUAUUGGACCUCCUGGCCCCACUGGUGCAACUGGUGACAAGGGUGAGGGUGGUGCCCCAGGACCUGCUGGACCUUCUGGUGCUCGUGGAGCCCCUGGCGAGCGUGGAGAGUCUGGCCCACCUGGACCUGCUGGAUUCGCUGGACCUCCUGGUGCUGACGGUCAGCCUGGUGGCAAGGGAGAGGCUGGAGACAACGGUGCCAAGGGUGAUUCUGGACCUCCCGGACCUGCUGGAGCCACUGGUGCCCCCGGACCUCAGGGACCCGUUGGUGCUACUGGAGCUAAGGGUGCCCGUGGUGCUGCUGGACCUCCCGGUGCUACUGGAUUCCCUGGUGCUGUCGGAAGAGUUGGACCUCCCGGCCCCUCUGGCAACCCUGGACCAGCUGGACCUCCCGGACCUGGUGGCAAGGAGGGACCCAAGGGUAACCGUGGUGACACCGGAGCUGCUGGACGCCCUGGUGAGGUCGGAGUUGCUGGACCUGCUGGCGCCCCUGGCGAGAAGGGAGCCACUGGAGCAGAGGGACCCUCUGGAGCCCCUGGUAUCCCCGGACCUCAGGGUCUUGCUGGAUCCCGUGGUAUUGUUGGUCUGCCUGGACAGAGAGGAGAGCGUGGUUUCCCUGGUCUUCCCGGACCCUCUGGAGAGGUUGGCAAAGCUGGACCUGGUGGACCCAGUGGUGAGCGUGGACCCGGUGGACCCAUGGGACCUGCCGGACUUGCUGGACCCCCUGGCGAGGCUGGACGUGAGGGUGCCCCUGGACAAGAGGGAGCUGCUGGACGUGAUGGCCCUGCUGGACCCAAGGGAGACCGUGGUGAGUCUGGCGUCUCUGGAGCCCCUGGCGCCCCCGGACCCUCUGGAGCCCCUGGACCCGUCGGACCCGCUGGCAAGACUGGUGACCGUGGAGAGUCUGGCCCCGCUGGCCCUGCUGGUUCUGCUGGCCCUGCCGGUCCCCGUGGACCUGCUGGACCCGCUGGAGCUCGUGGAGACAAGGGAGAGGCUGGUGAGGCUGGCGAGAGAGGCAUGAAGGGACACAGAGGAUUCACUGGCAUGCAGGGACCCCCCGGACCUCCCGGGUCAUCUGGUGAGGCUGGACCUGCUGGCGCUAAUGGACCUGCUGGACCCAGAGGACCUUCUGGAUCUGCUGGUUCCUCCGGUAAGGAUGGCAUGAGCGGACUGCCCGGACCCAUCGGACCCCCUGGACCCCGUGGUCGCACUGGAGAGAUUGGACCCUCUGGACCCCCUGGACCUCCCGGACCCCCAGGACCCCCCGGCGCCCCCGGUGGUGGAUUCGACCUCGGCUUCAUCGCCCAGCCCCAGGAGAAGGCCCCCGAUCCCUUCCGUUUCCGUGCCGACGACGCCAACGUGAUGCGCGACCGCGAUCUGGAGGUUGACACCACCCUCAAGUCCCUGAGCCAGCAGAUUGAGAGCAUCCGCAGCCCCGACGGCACCAAGAAGAACCCAGCACGCACCUGCCGUGACCUGAAGAUGUGCCACCCAGACUGGAAGAGCGGAGAGUACUGGAUCGACCCCGACCAGGGCUGCACUCAGGACGCCAUCAAGGUCUACUGCAACAUGGAGACUGGCGAGACCUGCGUCUACCCCACCGUCGCCGAGAUCCCCAAGAAGAACUGGUACACAAGCAAGAACAUCAAGGAGAAGAAGCACGUCUGGUUCAGCGAGUCCAUGUCCGAUGGCUUCCAGUUCGAGUAUGGCAAUGAUGCAUCCAGCCCUCAGGAUGUCAACAUCCAGCUGACCUUCCUGCGCCUGAUGGCCACAGAGGCCUCCCAGAACAUCACCUACCACUGCAAGAACAGCAUCGCCUACAUGGACCAGCAGUCGGGCAACCUCAAGAAGGCCCUGCUGCUCCAGGGCUCCAACGAGAUCGAAGUCAGAGCCGAGGGCAACAGCCGCUUCACAUACAGUGUGGUCGAGGACACUUGCACGUCACACACUGGUUCAUGGGGCAAGACAGUCAUCGAUUACAAGACAACGAAAACAUCCCGUCUGCCUAUCAUUGACAUCGCUCCUAUGGACGUUGGUGCACCUGAUCAGGAAUUUGGCAUUGAAAUUGGCCCAGUCUGCUUCUUGUAAAAAAGAAAUCUGGACUUGAAAUUGUUUGUGUGAGUGUGUGUGUUUUUUUCUAGCAGUCAUCUCUCUAAAUCCUUUUCCUAUGCAUUAAAAAACCCCUCAAGUUUGAUUUGGCUGUCAAAAUGAUCCACUUGCUUAAAACUGCGCUUCUGAAGACCGUGAUGCGUGUGUUAUCCAGUUUUUUUUUUCUUCCUGGGACCACUAUGUUAUCACCACCUACACCAAGGAUUCUUUAGAGGACUCAUUUGUUUCACUGGCAACAAGAAAAUAAUUUAUACUUGUAAAGCGUAAAAUCUCCCCCCUGGAAUUGAAAAAAAGAAAAAACACAAAAAAACAUCAGAUACAGGUGACUUUUUCUACCACUGCGGAAGGACAAUGAAAAAGAAAAACAAUGCUUUGUACCAUGUUCAGGUGUUAAAUAAAUAUGGAAAACGACUGUAAAAAAGUGUCUUGUGGUUCUACCCUCCAGGACGAGCAGCCAUCGCAUGGGAAAAAAAGUAUCUUUGUUCUUGCAGGAGUCACACAGUGUACAGCAGUAGACAGGGGUUCGACUUCAUUUUGAAAUCUAAUGGCUACCUCAGACAAGAAACCACCUUUACCCAUUUAGACAAACGAACCAGGGUAGAUUUUACACAAUGGAAGUAUAAUGGAAAGGAGAAAGCGGUGCUACAUUGAGGUCUUGUUAGCCGGAUGUAUUAGAAUUCUGAUUAUGGAAGUGAUGUAUUUUUCUGCUAACAAGGCCUUUGGUGCUAAGAUACCACAAUGACCUUGUUGUUCAGUUGUGACAGAUGCCAUCUUUUAUUUUUAAAAGUUUGUGCUAAAGUCUACUUGAGCCUUGGUUAGGGGGUUAAAAACUACAGCUGUGAUACACACACAGUCUUUUUUUUAGUGUAGAGUAAGCAGGUGGAUUUGUUCAAACUAUUUUGUUUUUGUUUUUAUUUCAGACACCUUUGACACUUUUUGGUUGUUGUCUUUUGGUUUACUUUUUUACACCCCCUUUUAUGUCUUUGGCAACUACCCCUCUAACCCUUUUGUGUUUUUAUUCUGUUCUGUUCUGACAAGACUUUGGGGAAAAGAAAACAGGAAAAAAAGAAAAAAACUGAGAAAGUCCAACUACCAUGAGAGACGCAGACACACUAUAGGGGGAUAAAUCAAGAGGAUCUGUACCUAUUUUGUAUAUGUAUAAUAAUUUGAGAUGUUUUUAAUUAUUUUGAAUGCUGAAAUAAAGCAUGUUAAGUGGUCGACCUAUGUUUGUCAGAUGUGAUCUUGACUUAUCCCUUCACUGCCCAAAGGACUUGAAUGAAGCACGGCUUGCACCUGUUACAGUUGUUUUUUGACUGAAAGGAAGAUUAAAGAAAAUCUCAGAAAUAA